CACAUAUUACACAUAUUUCUGGAUCCAUUUCAGAUUUUAAACACACAAACAUUGACACUUUAUGAUUAUGAUGAUUAUUAAUAUUAUUAAUAAUAAUAAUAAUGUUUUUGUGUGUGGUUUAGGAAGGGCGGCACCCUAGCGCCCUCUAUAGGCCAGCCGCCACUGCUUAUAAUUGUAAUGAAUCGCGUUUUUAAUGCGCUCGACGUUGCCAGAAGGGAUCUCGCAGCGCAGCGCAACGACAAUGUUCUGCGAGUCACCAGGAGCACGUUCCGGAGGCGUCGGAGGGCACCAACAACGGGGGCAUCAAAUGAAUCUGCCGGAGUUUGGAGGGUGAGACUUUUUCUGUUGGCAUUGGCGGACCAAUCCGUCCUUCCAGCACCUACAGAGAGCAGCCGACUGUCAAGAGAAGGUUUAGGAAUCCCAGCUCAUGACCAGCAAGGGGUUGUUUCAGAACGAAGCUAUGUCAAGCUCUCAAUGACUCUUUUAGAGUUCAACAGCUAUGUUUGUCAAAGUUUUCCUACAAUUCCCUUGAAUAUGAUUGGGUUCACUCUGGCAAGAGCUGGCAACUCCAGGCUACUAACGCAACUGCAGGCUACUACUAUGGCAGACCUUAAAAGAUCUGUUGGCAGGAGCAGGGUUUAUAUAAUCCCGCAGGCAGACAUACCAACAUUGUUAGUGAUGGCCUCAUCUUCUGCCUCUGCGGCCCUUAGACCUGCAGGAGCACCCUCUGCCUCGGCCGCCUCUACCUCGGCCACUGAUUCAGAAGGAGCAGCCUCGGCCGCCUCUACCUUGGCCACUGAUUCAGAAGGAGCACCCUCUGCCUCGGCCGCCUCUACCUUGGCCACUGAUUCAGAAGGAGCACCCUCUGCCUCGGCCGCCUCUACCUUGGCCACUGAUUCAGAAGGAGCACCCUCUGCCUCGGCCGCCUCUACCUUGGCCACUGAUUCAGAAGGAGCACCCUCUGCCUCGGCUGCCUCUACCUCGGCCGCCACUGAAACUGCGGGAUCAACCACUGCUCCCACACCCCCAUCAACUUCUGUAUCUAUGGACGCUGAUGUGGAAAGUUUGCAUUCCGCACAAUGGGUAAAUGCUGGGACUCCAGAGGUAUUUUAUAGAAGGUCACGUUUGGAACAACCAAACAGGAAUUCAUUCAAUGACUUUUUAAUUGAUGAUUCUGAUGAGGAGGAAGAGGGCGAGGACGAGGCUUUUGGGACUUUGGAAAGUUAUGUCUUUCCCGUGGAAGAAGUGGAUCUGGCCGUCCUUUUAAGUGACUUCAGAAAGGAAUUCGUUUCUGAUGGCCUAGUCAGUAAUAUCUGCAUCAGGAGGAAGAAACUUCUUGAGAGUGCAAUAAAAGCCAUCUCAAGGGUUACAUUCUGCUGGAACAAUUCCCCCUACAUAGAAUUUGUAGGAGAAGAUGGAGAUGACAUGGGUGGACCACAGAGAGAGUUUUUCAGACUCUUGAUGAUAGAAGUACAAACAACCAUGGGAAUAUUCGAGGGAAAGGCUGGUCAGGUCUUCCUUACCUAUGACCAAGCGGCAUUAGAUGGCCACAAGUAUUUCCAAGCAGGCCGCCUAAUUGCGUGGUCAGUGGCACACGGAGGUCCGUGUAUCAAAGCCCUGGAUCCCAGCCUGUACCAGCUGAUGUGCGGCCAGGAGGCUCAACUGGAGCAAUUUGACUGCAGUGUGCUGCCUGAUCCGGAUGUUCAAAGCAGAGCAAAAAGGAUCCUACAGUGCAAGACUGCAGAGGACCUGUCUGCCCUCCAGCAAGACUUGGGGGACUGGAUCUCUGAGUGUGGCAUCCCUGGCAUCUUCAGUGCCACUAUCGGAGAAAUUCCGAAGAUUUAUUCCUAUGUAGUUAAGCACUACAUAUUUCUCAGAACGGCCAAGAUGGUGAACCAAUUCACGGAGGGCAUGAAUGCUUUUGGGAACCUGUGGGACCUGGUCAGGAACAACUGGAUUGCCUUCCUUCCCUGCUUCACCAACAUGAGGACCCCGCUGACAAAAUCCUCCUUUAAGGCCAUAUUAAAAUAUGAAUACAGUCCAAGAGGAACAAAUCACCGGGAAAAAGAGGAGGACACGAUAUACAGCUGGGAGUUGGUCCUAAACCUCAUCGAAGACAAACUGACUGAACUGACAUUUGAGGACCUGCUGAUUUUCAUCACUGGGGGCAGAUGA